UUUGCAAAGUGCGAAGAAAUUAUUGAUAUGGCUGUAACUAAUUUACCAAGAGUUCCGGACGGUCUUAGAGAUCUGGUAAAAACCUAUACUAAGGAAGUUUUACGCGAAAAACCCAAAGAUCUAUACAAAUUCUCAGUAGAUUAUUUUGAGAACCUAGCGGGUACAAGAAAAAUUCAGCGAAAGGUGAUGAAAUACGAAUCCCAACAAAGUUACGAAACCAUCAUGAAAAACCGCAUCCGACAGCAAAUACCAUUGUCCCUUGCAUUUCAUAUAAUUCCUGAAAAUCUGACCGAAGUAAUCAAACAGUUCAUCAAAGCCGUCCUGAGAGAGAAUCCCCAAUAUUUAGUUCUAUUCGCAAUAGAUUAUUUUAAAAAUCUUCAAGCUUCGUCAUCGAAACUGGGAAAUAUUCAGUAUACAGCUUAUGAAAAGUUUGUGGAAAAAAAUGAGAGCAAGUCGCCGGCACGUAAGGUCACUAAAUGUGAAUGUGGACGUAUUCUCAGCUCGACGGGUGGGAGACCAGAAGUGAUACAAAACGAUACCCCUGAUGUGGAUCAACAAAUCGAAAAGUUCCAUAAAAACGACCAGUACAUAAAAGCUGUGUACAUCAUUCAGAAAUAUUUUCGACAAUAUUUGAAACAAAAAGCAGAAAAGUCAAGUCAAGUUAAGGUUACUUCAAAAUCUGCAGAUAUUUAUGGAAGCCAAGAAGUCUUAAAUGCCAUUUUAAUAAUUCAAAGACAAUUUCGCCGUUUAAUAAUCAAAAAACGAUCCAAAGUCUCCGCGGAAACGAAACAAACAAAUGAAGGACAACUGAAUGAAACUGAAGACAAACAUAUAGACAAACAUUUUGGGACAAAGACCUGCGAUGAGUUGGAAAAAUCUACUACAGACGAUGAUAUUUCAAAGAACUUGCAACUUGAAAAAAUCGGACAUGAUGAAAACAUUAAAAACAUUUCAAUAGAAGAAAGUACAAACCCAUUAAACAUAGAUAUUUUAGAGCCUGAACAACAUCAAGCAAAUACAAUACAGUUUACAAAUGAGAUAUUAUCGUUGGAAACAACAAGUGACCUAGGCAAUCAGAAUUCAGCCACUACAACAGCAGUUUCAUCAUCUGGUAGCAACAGCGAGAAUGUCGCCACUACUCAUGCAGACCUUUUUGAUGACGAGAAUAGGAACGAAACCCAAUUUUCAGAACAUAGUGAGAAGCAUUUGCUUAAAACUGACGAAUUUAAAAAGAGUUCGAUAAUAAAAAGUGAAAGCCUCAACGAUGACAAUCGAAUUUUUGAGAGCGCGCAAACUAUUGAAAUGGAUGGAGUUGAGGACCACAAUGUAAUUACAUCCAACAAUGUUACAAAAGAAUCAAUCCCUGAAUCAAGUUCCAAAAUACAAAGCUUGGAGUCCUUGCCAGAGUCUGAAAAGAUCCGCAGUCCCAGUGGGAGCGAUAUGGAGUUGGUUUCCAAAAUUACAACUGAAUUGAAAGCUUCAUCAGAAUCUCUUAAAACAAGCCUUCUGAGCACAGAUAUUUUAGAUCUAGAACAAAACGUUGAUCAAAAGCCUUUAGAUAGUAUAAUCACGACAUUGGAAGAAAGGUCUGCGGAUUUGUCAUCAAAAGCCACGAAACAUGCUAGCUUGGAGUCCAAUUAUGAUAAAUCAGCAAAUCAGAAUCAUCCAAUUUCGCCUACGCUAAAAUCAGUUGAGAAAGACAACGAGAAUCUCAUAAAUCAGAUAACAGACGAUAUCAUCAAUAAUAAUCCUAGCACUAAUCAAGUAAAUGAUACAGUAGAUGAAAAUAUAAAUAAACUUACUACGGUUGCUGAAAUUCCAGUGGACUCCCAAAUUCUUACUGUUAAUAAUGAGAUUAAUUCCGAUGCUAUUACCAACUCCCAAAUUAAUAAUGGCAGUGAUAAAAUUAAUUCCGAUGCUGUUACUGAAAAUACUGUAAAUGAAAAUGAAAAAACCGAGGAAAGUAAAGUCGAUCCAGGCAAUAUAAUUGUAGAAGAAUCCUUGACCAAAUCAAGUUUCCAAGAAAGUUUGGAAUCCACAGAAUACGAGAAUAUCAAAACACUCGAGCCUUCAAACUCCUUAAGCCCCAUUGAUAAGCAAAAUUCAGAAAUACCAACUGAUGCUAUAACUCAAAGUACUGUAAAGGAAACCAAGGAUAUUAAAUCCAAUCCAAGCAAUAUCCUGAAAGAAGAGUCUUUGACCAAAUCAAGUAUCCAAGAAAGAUUGGAAUCUCAAGAGUACGAGAAGAAAAAAUCGGCGUCUACAAUUACCACAGAUAUUGUAGACCAAGAGCAAAGGCUCGAUCAAAAUAAGAUAACUAAUAUAAGCAGUGCUGCCCCAGACUAUUGCCAGAAUGAAUCGACAGAGACUAAAAAUACUCAAAGCCUGGAGAGCGCUAAUGACGACAUAGGAGAUCAGGUAAACUAA